GAAACAUCUGGAAGCAAAAAGAGCCACCGAGCACGGAGGAGCAGCCAUGGACGCCGGCGAAGGUACAGAGAACAACAACAACAACGGAAUUGAACAAAGCACCAGUAGCAAAGUACUCGAGAAGGUCGGAAACGUCGUCGUUUCGAUCAACGAAGCAAAAAACGUUGAUCAAGUUAUAUACGCACUUCACUCUUUCGCCGUUCGUCUUUUUCCUCUCGAUUCUCGUACAAUCGCAGGUAGCAUUGACAAACAGUACAGAGAUGAGGUUAUUGGAGCAGAAGUUCCUUCAGAACAUGAAAGAGAUAACUGGUGGCAGGUGUUCUAUCAAAGUACUGCAUUUCCGACACUAGCUAGAGUGUUGUUAGUUGAUGUUGCUUUGAAUUGGCUAACAUGUUUCCCCGUUUCUGCAAAGAAACACUUGUAUGAUGUAUUCGUUUUAAGAGGCUGUGUAUCCGAAGUUGUACAAACUCUAGUUCCGUAUUUACAACAUCACUUAAAUGGGAGACUUGAAACAAGCAUAUGCUCAAACACUGAGAGAUUACUUGCAUUAUGCUUGCUUGAAAACGAUGGGGUGCUCCAGUUAGUUAGAGAAUUUUCUCACCAACCAGGAAACAAUAAUCUUGAACGGCGCAAGUUUAAUAUCUCUAAAGUGUCACAACUUGUUACGUCUGUCCCUGACAAAGCACGAUUGGGAGCUUCAACCUUACUUUCAUCACACUUAUACAUCAAAAGGAUAACAAUUCAACUAAUUCAAGGAGCAGAAGAGUGGAAUAAAAACUAUUAUGAUCAAGCAACUAACUUCAAUAGAAGUGAUUUGGAUGGUUCUAUUUUAUUUAUUGGGGAUGCAUUUGCUCGUAUUUGUCGGCGAGGGUCUACAGACUUGCUUCUAAGCGAAAUGGUUCCUCGAAUUGUUACUCAAGUUCAAAGCGUUGUGCAGCCCGGGAGUGAUUUGACCGUUUCCGAGGCUUUUAAAUCAAAGCCUGGUUUGCAGUUUUGGUCAAAGAUAAUGGAGGCAAUUAAAGAUUCAUAUGCCGUAGAAAGAAUAUCUGAGCAGCUUUUACAUAGACUAGCAACUCAAAGAAUAAAUGAUGUCGAAGGUUACUGGAUUCUUUGGUUGUUGUUCCACCAGAUUUUUGAGCUCCAAUCAUCCAUCAGGUCUAUGUUUACAGAAAGAUUUUUACUCUGGAAAUUGUUCCCAGUAUGUUGUCUGAGAUGGAUUCUUCAAUUUUCGGUUCUUCAAUGCCCUCCUGAUACCAUGUUCAAGGUCAAAAGUCAAAAUAAUUGCAAUCUAUUGGAUACUACUAGUCGUCUUCUUGCAGUAUGGUCCAAGCGAGAGUUUGUCCAGUCAGCACCAAUAGAGCAACAAGCUUAUUUAACUGCGGCAGUUGGUCUUUGCUUAGAAAAGCUAAAUAAAGAAGAUUUAGAUGCUACCAAGGAUGCAAUGCACUUGAUUCUUCAAGGAGUUAGCUGUAGGCUGGAGAGCCCUUCACAUUUGGUUCGACGAAUGGCCAGCAGUAUUGCUUUAGUCUUUUCAAAAGCGAUUGACCCGAGUAAUCCUCUUUAUCUCGAUGAAAACUUCAAAGAGGAGACUAUUAACUGGGAGUUCACAUCGGCGAAUGCUGACAUGGCAGUAUCGGCAAUAUCAGAUGGCGAGGAAACGAAUAUAAACCAAGACAAGAGUUAUAAAGAUGCAAAGAUUAAGAAUGUUGAUAAAGAAUUGAUGGAAUUAACAUUGGUUGAUCCAGAUGAGGUUAUUGAUCCUGCAACGUUGAAUAAUGAAGCUGCUUAUGAUGUAGACAAUGAUGAUGACGAUGAUGAUGUGUCGGAAACAUCGAGUGAAUCUUCCUUACAACCGUAUGAUUUGUCUGACGAUGAUACCGAUUUGAAAAAGAAUUUUUCACAGUUGGUUGAUGUUGUUGGUGCACUAAGGAAGUCUGAUGACGCUGAUGGUGUUGAAAGAGCUUUAGAUGUUGCGGAAAAGCUUAUUAGAGCAGCUCCAGAUGAACUUGCGUUUAUCGCAAGUGAUCUAGUCAGAACCCUAGUCCAGGUUCGUUGCUCAGAUUCAACUAUGGAAGGAGAAGAAGAAUCAGCCGAAGAAAAAAGACAAAAAGCCCUAGUUGCCCUAAUUGUCAACUGUCCACUAGGAAGUCUAGAUCCAAUAAACAAGCUACUAUAUUCACCUAACGUAGACACCAGCCAACGGAUCAUGAUUCUUGACGUCAUGACUGAUGCAGCACUUGAACUCGCUCAUGCAAAAACCGCUAGACAAAAGCACCCUACAAGACCCCAAAUAUCGACCACCGCCGAGACACAACCAUGGUUCAUGCCAAGUAGCAUCGGGCCUGCGGGUUCAAGUAUCUGGAAAGAGAUAUCAGGAACCGAAUCUCCGUUGAGUUUGACUUAUUCUUAUGAGAGAGACCUCCCGAGCAAACCAGGUCAGGUCAAAAGAGGAAAGUCAAGGCGGUGGAGUGUUAAGUCAUUGAAUGUAGUGCAAGAUGAUUGGGUGGAAUGGUCCCAGAAUAAGUUCCCUCCGUUUGCUGCUGCGUUUAUGCUUCCAGCCAUGCAGGGGUUUGACAAAAAAAGUCAGGGGGUUGACUUUCUUGGUAGGGAUUUUAUCGUUCUUGGAAAACUUAUUCACAUGCUUGGUAUCUGUAUGAAAUGUUCUGCCAUGCAUCCGGAAGCUUCCGCUUUGGCACUCCCAUUACUGGAUAUGUUGAGUACCAGGGAAAUAAGCCAUCAUGCGGAGGCAUAUGUUCGUAAAUCUGUGCUAUUUGCAGCAUCAUGCAUAUUGUUGGCUCUUAAUCCAACUUACGUAGCAUCUGCAUUGGUUGAAGGAAGCAGUGAACUAGCGAGAGGGCUAGAGUGGGUGCGAACAUGGGCUCUCUCUGUAGCUGAUACAGACACUGAUAAGGAAUGCUAUACGAUGGCAAUGGCAUGUCUUCAUCUCCAUUCUGAAAUGGCCCUUCAAACAUCCAGAGCAUUGGAGUCGUCAGAUAGUGUGAUUCAGACAAGAGGCAUAAGUCUUCCAUCGAAUCUAUCGAAAGGGAAAAUCAGAAUCUCGUUCUAAUGUCAGAAAAUACUGAAUCACAUACCUGUGUGAAUUUGGUGCGACCAUUGUACAUAGAAGUUGCAUGGUUGUCACAGCCCAAGUCCCAUGGAUGGUGGAUGAAAGAUCAAGGCUGGUACAGACACACUUCAUUAGAAAGGGGAAAUUCAUAACUAUUUCCUGCAUGUUUAAUUUUCAUUUUUAUUUUUUACUGGCUUUCAAAACUGUAAAAUAUUAGAUGGUUAAAUUAAAUGGCGCGGACAUAUUUAGGUCCGACUGACAUAACAUGCUCAAAUCGUGGUAUUGUAUGUAGUUCGGAAUUUUUUUGCUGUGUGCAUGUUUUGCACAACGGUAAGCUUGAUUUGGCUUAGAGGUUGGAUGGUGCGCAGGUCCAGUAACAGAUUAAAACAAGUUAUGCAAUUCAUAUUAUCAAAGAUGUAUUUGUUUGAAUCAAUUA